CGCAACUCCUCUUUCUCUCUAAUCCUCGCCGGCUGUGGUUUGCUGGAGAGCAAAGUCUACCAACUGGGCUGGCUGGUAGACGGCAGCGAUUUCUGCACUUCGUAGUAAGAACCGUCCCUCGUUUACCAGGCGGGACAUCUCCCUCUCUGAGCUACAUGUUCACAGCAUCAAGACUACAAGGAUACAAGGAGGACGAGAGCGAAUCGAAGAUGACAGAGACGCCGACCGAUUAUCCCCCGACGACCCCGGGCGUUUUCGUCAAUGAGAACGCCUCAUAUAACAUCACCGCAACCUCAGACCCGGACAUGGACUACAAUGCACAGUCACGAAUAGUGGCCCUGGUAGUCAUGGUAACGGUGGGUUUCCUCGGCAACAUCUUGGUGUAUCUGUGGAUGUGGGUGAACCGUCGGAAGAAGUCUCGCGUGAACCAGCUGAUCCUGGGGCUGGCCGUGGCCGACCUGUCGGUUGUGACCUUCACCAUGCUGACCCAGAUCAUCUGGGAGUCGCUGGACGAGGUGUGGCUGGCGGGGAACGUCAUGUGCAAGGUCAUCAAGGUCCUGCAGGUCAUGGGCAUGAUGGCCUCCUCCAACAUGAUCGUGGUCAUCGCUCUGGACCGACACCAGGCCAUCAGGAGCCCGCUGAAGGAGACGUUCUCGGCGCCGACCCUCAUCCUUGCCGCCUGGGGAACGGCUCUGCUAUCCUCCCUCCCGCAGGCGUACGUCUUCAGUGCAGUAGAGGUCGAUGGCGAGGACAUCCAGCACUGCAAGUCCAUAUUUGGCUCGGUACCGCUGUGGCAUCGGCAGGCGUACAUCACCUACGCCGCGACGGUGCUCUUCCUCAUCCCGCUCAUCAUCAUCGCCGUGACCUACGCUCGAAUCUUGAAGAAAAUCUCAGACAAGGUCAAGGAGGGCAAGUCGUCUAAGAGAGCUACAUUCAACAAGAAAGGGAAAGUCUAUCUACAGAGCACCGGAACAGGAACACUGUCCAAGGCCAAGAUCAAGACCCUGAAGAUGACCAUAGUGAUCAUCCUGACCUUCUUCAUCUGCGGCGCUCCCUACUUCAUCAUCGAGAUGUGGAUGGCCUUCGGAGACCCGUCCAAGCUCAACCCUGACGUCAUCGCCGUGCUCGGCAUCUUCGCCAGCGCCAACACCGCCACCAACCCGUUCGUGUUCCUGUACUUUAACACCACACAGGCGUGUCUGAAGGAGCUGGGACAGGCGGACAAGACUGGCGGCUACGGGCUCUCCACCAAGAGCACCCGGAUCCAGCGGAGACCGACCGGAAGGACGCACCUCGCCAUGGAGAUGGUGGAUCUCCCCAUCAUAAUCCGUACCCGCUCCAGCAUGAAGAUGUCAUCUCUGCCGGACAAUGAGACUUACACAACCGUGCUGUUCACCCCAGCCUCCAGCACGGUGGAACCGGAGAAAGAGAAGUGAUUUACGUACGUUUCAUGCGUAACAAACUCUAGUUGAUGACACUCUCGAUUGACCGACUGCUCCUCAUCUGCCCAGUAACGUAGUCCCAGGAUCUUAGCCAAAUACUUUUGUCUCUCACAAAUGUAAAUGAUAGGCAAAUGAAUCUUUUAUUAGCACUAUCUAAAAAAAUCAAACUACACUGUAUCUACCAAAAAUUAUGACGAUGCGUCAACCUCUUCUGAAAUAAUUUCCUUUCUAAAUCUGAAAUAAAGCAGCUCCUGUAGUUCCAAGAAGCUGCUAAGGGGCCCAGACCUGCACCCCGUACUCUCUGUCCCAAGAGCUAUCCACAACCAUAACAUAUGCAAAACUCGGUAUAUCAAAAUCGGAACUUGCGCGGCAGUAUCAAACCGCUUGGGGAUAAAAUUUCAAGGUCUCAUCAUGACCUACUUGUAUCUAUAUUGCAUAUUAAUACAACCCUUUUAGGCCUUCUCGAGUUAUGUUGUCCAUCCACAAACAUGUACAUACAAACGCUACCAAAACAGGACCCUCGUGGCGAAAGUAACAAGUUUGCCGACGUCGUUGUUCCGUGCAAGUGAACACGUACGCGUUACAGUAUCACGCUAACACUCAUCCCUAUCUCGUCUCCAAAACAAAUUUCAUGUGUCCAAAGACGAUCUUAUUCUUUCCCUCUACUAACUACAAAAGCUUCAAAAGAGUAAAUUAGUUACCCACCUAUAGCUUCUAGUAUCUCUCAACGUUUACUCUGAGGUUCCAUUUUCACAUAAUCCCCGCAUUUAAAGACACUCGGGCGUCCAACCUUGCCAUUUCUUUUAUCCUUUUGACGCCAACGUAUUCUCCAAAGGUGUGCUUGGCUGUUUGCGCGGUUGUAAAACCUGGCGCGGUGGAUUGGAUGGAGAACAAGUUGAAGUUACUUGAUGUAAGUACAUUAAAAACAUUCCAUAAAAGUAGUUCAGACUUUCAAUGUCAAGUAUGUGUGUUAUUCAGUUCUAUCCUCUCCUAUUGAACUUGUUAACCACCCUGAAGGUCUUUGAAGUACGUUCAAGACGUUCCAAGAGUUUGUGAUUAUGUCACAUGCUGUUUGCACGCACUGAAAGUUGGAUACUAUCCAGACUAUCCUAUGUGUAAAACUGUACUUAGGACGUAAAUGCUUCCGAAAUUUCAGAUGAACAGAAAAUCUAACCGCACUCGAGCUUUGGCAAUAAGAUCUUAGGCGGUCUCGUUUCUAGAACUUUCCUACAUUUCUGUUGACAAGUGAUAACCACCCAAAUCUCACACUCCGCCAUGGGACAUCGUAAUGAUAUACUUCUUUUCAAUUUCGGAAAGUUUCGACCUAUCCUGACUUGUAAUCUCUGUUCACAUGUUUGGCCGUAUGGCUAAAUGGCAAUUACAAAUUUCUAGAUAUCCAACAGUACGUUUUAUAGUUCAUGAGUCAAUGUGGAUGUUUUUGGUAGAUAAUGCCCUGUGUUCUUCAUUAUGUGAAACACACGUUAAAGUAUUAAGGUGAAAGUGAUGAAAGACCCAAAGUAAUGAAUACGAAAUAUUCUUUAAAUAUAUUAUUGUAUCAAAUGUAACUUAAUACUUAUAUCCAGGUAACAGACUGUAUCGUGCCAUGUGACAAAUUGUGUAUUGGAAUGUAUAUUUUCUUAGUAUUGUAGACCUAAACCUCACUCUGACUUUCAAACAUUCAUGGCGUCAACUACCGUCGUGAAGAUGACGUUAUUGUUGUAGUCAUGUGAUUGACAAUGUUGUGCGGAGACUGCCUUGUGUGAUAUCUGUUAUUGCUUUUAAAUAGACAGGAGAUGUUGUUUGGUUUUAAAACACUGGAUCUGUGUUUGCCAAUGAUUUUCAUUCAGCCAAUGAUUUUCAUUCAGCCAAUGGUUUUCAUUAAGGAAUGAUUUCCAUUAAG